UGAUAAUUACGUCACCAAAAACAGUUCUUAUCUUUCAUUUUGCUAAACACACAUUAGUGAUUAAGGACAGUUUUGACUAAUCGCAGUUAACUGUUUUGUUUUAGUCUAUUUACUUAUAAUGUAUAGAGUGUCUUAAUGCAUAAUUACCGUCUUUUUUAAUUUAAAAACAGCGACAUGAAACCCUGCUUACUUACUUUCUAAGGACUUGACCAAAUCUUCACUCCGAAAACGUUUCUAAAUUAAAAUCUUCCGUUUCGGUUGCGUAGCUUGUCAACUUAAAUGAUCGUCCCUUUUACGCUGCGUGGUCACUUAUUAUUGCUGUUGUUACAGCGAGGUGCGCUGCUGAAUUUCGCGCCCCCUGCUCUGGGGCUCUGUUGGUACAGUCCGCGGUGUAACACGCGACGUGGGGCUUUAGAAAACUCGCGCCUCGAACUCUAAAGACGAAAUGGUUAACUACGGCAACUAAGAAAUCAGAAGGGCGAUAUAAUUGUCGUUUACGGUGAAGUUAAAAAAGAAAAAAUGGAGUUAAGAAAUCGUUAAAGCGGUCGACUACUUCAACUGACAGGAAUACCGAGCCGCCGCUGGUGGGACCUCACGGACUGUGCGAGGUCCGAGGAUGGCCUUGUGUCCUCACCCCGCUUCGGCUCCUCCGCUCUCGGUGGACGAGUCCGCUGAAGGCCAAGUAUUGUCAUCUUUUCCGUUUUGUGAUUUGAAUGAAGAUGACCUUGCACAGAAUCCGCUGUUCGCACGAUUGCUGUCAACGUUAGCUAAACAACUGGACGAAACUGGCCUGAGCGUGCAAGUCAAGAAAGAGCUACAAAAGGCAGAGAGAGAGAUUCACCUUCAUAAGAUGACAUGGCUGAGAUCAGAAAGCUUGUUUCGCUUGGUACAAGAAUUGCUUCAGGAAUAUCAUCUGAAGAAACAAGACGUUCAGAUAUCAGAAGAGGAUAAGAAGUUUUAUGAGACACUUGAACAAUGUCUGCUUGUAACACAGUGCUCCAGGGAGCUGGACCCAAGUUCAACUACAGCUCGAGAUAAGCCUUCCCUGCUGGGUCUAAGUAAACAAAAUGUGCUGAGCCUCUUGCCACCUGAUAAGGAAAUAAAGAAAAUGAAGCAGAGAUUGGUGAAGGAAAUUGAAGACCUGUUGAAGAAAAAAUGCUUUAAUAUCCUGUGUUUCUACCAGCCAGAUUGGGAAGGGGAAAGUGAGAGCAUGAAGACUGUGAAAUUGUCAAGAUUGCCUGAAUAUCUUGAAAACGAGAGCAAAAGAUUGGAGAGUUUGAAGCAAAGGCAGAGAGAAAAUACCAUCCUCCUUCAGAAGCAAACACAUUGUUACUUAAAUAAGCUGUUGGCGUGCAUAAAUAUCCUCCAGACACUUAUCCUUGUUCACAGACUGCAAACUCAGAAUGAACUGGAUCGAAAGAAGACGCAAUAUCUGGAAGCCAAAUGUCAGAUAAUGAUUUUGAAAAUCAGAAUGGAGAUGGUGAAACUCCAGAUGGACAUUUAUACACCUAAGAAAAUAGCUGUGCACCGCACCAUCAGGAACACCUUAGAAUCUGCUUUAAUGUCUGAGAAGAGGGAACAUGAGUCUCUAGAAACAAAGCUGUCAUCAUUUGAAAUUCUUGGUCAGGACUUUGAAGCUCUGGUGAAGGAAUACUCCACUCUUCGUCAGUCCAUAGAGAACAAGAAGUGGGCUUUGCAGGAAUUCUCUCAAUACAGCAAGUGAAGUAGAAAACCAACAUCUGAAAUCAUUAGCUGGCCAUCUUGAUAUAUGAGGGAGAGUUGUGAUUUAAAAAGCUGUUUUUUGUAUAACGAGUGAAGGUCUAACGAGUAAUCCAUGACAAUGUUUUAUAAUAUAUACAGUAUAUAUUUUUUUUAAUUUCAAUAUCUAACAUGUGACUGUUGGUAACACGGGAUUAGUUGUGUAGCAGAAAUGUUUUCAACUUCAAUAAUCAGUCUGUUUAAACAACAUAGUUCAAGUUGUAUUUGCAGUAGCUGGCCAUUGCUUGUUCUAGCUGUACUAUAAUUAAGUUAAUUGCAAUGAUAAAUAUGAAAAGCAAUGCAUUUAUUUUAUGUUAAGCUUCAGUAAACUAAGAUGUGCUAAUGUUUUAAUGCAAGAGAAUAUACUUUUUUCCUCAGUUUUGUCUACUAAUCUGACAAAUUUGCAGACUGUUGCCCAAAAGGCCAAGCAGUAGCACACAGUUUGGGGAUAUGAGUGGCUGGAACAUAACUGCAUUGCUUUGGUUGAAUCCAAGGUACAGCUGUUAGUUCGAGUCUCCUCUCUGAAACACUGGAUGGACUUUCUCAGUCUGAAAGAUGCCUGAGAAAAAAGCCUGUACCUCAAUGAAUGUACCGAUCUCCACCGCUUUCCACACCAUGAAGAAAACGCUCUGUUCCAGCCCCAUGGAAUCACCUCACUUCCGGUCCCAUCCUGACGACUUCAGUUCCGUCCCUCUACUUCUGACAUCAUCUCCGACUCCCUCCUUCUUCAUCAUAUCCGUUAUUUUGAUUUGUCCCUCUAUAAAAGCUUCCUGAUCUCAGUGUUUUUUUUGUCAAAUGUAUCAAACUUUUCUUGUGAUUUUGACCUACAAGUGGAACCUACGACCAGUAUACGGGGAGGCUCCCCAAUCCUUAA